CAUGACUGAAGGGUACUGUGAGACUUCUAUUUCAACCUGCAGAGGAAGGAGGUGCCGGUGCAGCUCACAUGAUAAAAGAGAGAGCUCUAGGUGAUGCUGAAGCAAUAUUUGCAAUGCACAUUGGUAGUGAACUACCCACAGGAAGCAUAGCAUUGGUUUCAGGGCCACUGUCAGCUGCUGUAAGCUUCUUCAAAGUCAAGAUAGAAGGCAAGGGUGGGCAUGCUGCACAGCCACAUUUUACUGUGGAUCCAAUAGUUGCUGCAUCUUUUGCAGUCUUGGCAUUGCAACAGCUGAUCUCCAGAGAAGCUGAUCCUCUCCAUAGUGCAGUAUGUUUCUAUUUUCUUGUCCAUUAUCCCUGACAAACUUAUGGUAGCUUUCUUUCUAACAAUGAUGGGUACUGGUUUGAUCUGGUUGCUUGAUAACUUUGACAGAAUGUAUAUCUAAACUCUUUGAGUGGUAUCUUUAAAAUCUGAAUCUAGUUCACUUACGGCUUUUGAGGAUGUGUGCCUUGCACUGUGUAGGAAGUUUAGAAUGUUGUAUUCUUUGCACAGAAGUCAACUGGCAAGACUUGGUGGCACAAUAUGUUUCUAAAUUAUGCAUGGAACAAUCAAUCUUGAUCCUCAUGGAGUUUUGGUCAGUAGAUGUCGAGAGCUCUUGCAAAGGGAUUGGCAGUGUGAAAUCCAUCACGUAGUUAGGGAAGCUAAUAUUGGUGCAGAUGCCAUGGCUUCGAAAUUUUAUCAUCUGGACAAGGGAUGGCACUACUUUGAAGUUCCAUCUGUGGUAGUUACACAAAGAAUAAUGGAGGACCUCCUAGGUGUUUGUAGGCCUUGUGCCUCUAGAUUAAUCUGUGCAUAAGUGCACUGCCCUAUGUACCUAAAUAAAAAUAUGUUUCUAAAUUAUAUUAACUUGCCCUCCCAUUUUUGUGGGAAUGAGUUUCCUAGGUAACUUGGUAAGUUUUUGGCAAAGGGAAGCAUAUGUUUCCCCCAUUAUUUCGUUAAAUGGCAACAAGAAACUACACCAAACAUG